UUAAAAUGAGCCUUACAGACAUUCUAAGCCCUUCUGAUAUUGCUGCUGCUCUGCGGGACUGCCAAGCUCCAGAUUCCUUUAGUCCCAAAAAAUUCUUUCAGAUCAGUGGGAUGUCUAAAAAGAGUAGCAGUCAGCUCAAGGAGAUCUUCCGGAUUCUUGACAACGAUCAAAGUGGCUUUAUUGAGGAAGAUGAGCUCAAGUAUUUCCUUCAGAGGUUUGAGUGUGGAGCCAGAGUGUUAACCACCUCGGAAACCAAGACCUUCUUAGCAGCUGCAGAUCAUGAUGGGGAUGGUAAAAUUGGGGCUGAAGAAUUCCAGGAAAUGGUGCAGUCUUGA